UUAAGAGAAUUGUUGCACCAAAUACGAAUUACGUUUAGCUUGUAUUGCAGAUGACCGGUUAUUGUCGCUAAUAUAGCGCCCUACACUUGCACAUGGAUUAUAAAGGUAAUGAUCCAUUAUAACCUACAACAUCUUAUAAAAUACAUCAAAUAAGAAAAUGUUUAAUAGCAUGUAUCGGAGUUACUUUUGGCUUAGCCUAUGGCCUAUAGCCGCCACCGUGGCUGAUGUCAUUUGUGACUCUAGCAGUAGCAAACCGUCUUGUUUUUACGCAGAAGCUAAGUACCUCCCCCACAACAGCGUCGCUUCGGCUUUGAAAAAUGUAGCCAAACUUGAACGCGCGUGCUCAGACAAGACACUUUUGACAAAGCAAACAUGGCGGGUGACAAGGAUCCUCUGAGCCGGCUGAUGGACCUGGCCGAGCUGAAGGACCAGCUGGAUGACCUUCAGAAGCGCAUGGAGGACGAGGUGCAGGCCGGAAUCCCUCAGGGGGGCAGUGUGCUGGCCUCUCCCUUCUUGAAGGGCUUCGUUGCGGGGUACCUUGUGGCCAGGUUCCGCUCUUCUGCUGUUUUUGGGGUGAUCGUGGGGACCUGCACUGGCAUCUACGCUGCGCAGAACUACAAGGUCCCCAACAUCGAGAGGACCUUCAAAGACUACUUUCAGAGAAGGUCCAAGUAAAGCAGGAAGAGAGUUCCAUUCCAUCUCCAGGAAGGACAACCAUCAUCUUUCUUCACAUAGUGCCAAAGUGAACUAUUUUUUCGUCCUGUUUAUACUGGAAUAAUUUUUUAAUAUUCCGUAUUAAAAUAUUUGAGUAGAAUAAUGUGGGUAUUUGGGACGUGGUGCAUAAGGAAAAUUUGGGUCCAUUUCAGGGGUCUAAGCAUUAAUCUCAGUGAAGGUGUGAUGUGCUUUCCUCAGCAUGGGGACCCAGUUCCCCCCCCCACCCCCCCAAAAAAUUUUUGUCAUCACAAUUGUCGUUAUUGUGCCUCUGGAAUUACUAUGCAACCUGUACACCAGGAGUGCUGUUUCUGGAGCGUGUGUCUACUCCAGUGCGCUUGCCUGUUGGCCAUUUACUGUAUUACACUCUACUUGCAUACAGCACUGCAGAAUUAAGUUAGCGGUGGCUGGAAGAGAGGCUCAUCUCUCUCACUGUAGAUGACUUUGCAGUCUCGGGCACCUGGCGUGCUGUUGGGAAGAGCUCACGCAACAGUUGGAAGCACCCCUGGAAGCACGGUACAGUUUUUAGCCCAGGGAGGAUCAGUUUCUGUAUUAGUUUUAACAGAUGGUCAUAGGAGGCCUUUCUAAAUUGUUUGUGGUCAUAGUCUUGGGGUGAUUUCUUGUCUACUGGCCUCCUAAAAUGCCAAGUGCAGCUGCCUAUUUAAUCUGUGACAAUCAAGAGGAAAUUAGCAUUUUUUCAUUUGACAUAUAUAUAUAUAUAUAUAUAUAUAUAUAUAUAUAUAUAUAUAUCAACUCAACCAUAUUUCUACACCUUUUCUGUGCCUUCAUUAACUCCUUGCUGGAGUAACAUUGGAAAAAAGCUUUUUGUUUAGUACCCCUGCUGAGUCAACACCCCCGUCUUAUGGACACUGCAAGAAUUGCAAUUCUGGAUGCACAAUCUGUCCAAUUCCCCAGUGCUGGACAAUUUUACCAGUGCACUUAAGCAUUGUCCUGAACAGGUAAACUCGGCCAAGAAUGAGUUUUAUGUUGUUAUGUCGAUUUCUUACCCAACAAGAGUCCCAUCGCGGAAGGUCCACCCGACACAGGCGUGUUUUGUCUUUUGUCUUCUCACGUUUCGGUGAGGGUUUUUUUUGUUGUUGUUGAAAACGGGCUGUGCUGCGGAGUCUGGAGACUGCUGCACCUCUCCAGAAGUUUGCCCAGCAGUGCUAAAUGUGUCAGAAAGCUCUUUGAAAGGCAGUGUUCCUAUCUUGAGUCUUUUUCUCCAAGCGAAAGAGGCGAUGCACUUUGGGGACCACCCUGUCUAGCUGUUACACAGUUAAACUCCGUGGCCUGCGCUGCCUACAGAAAAAUGUCAGUAGCUUGUCGACAUCUCAAAACUCACAACUGCCUUCAUUAUUCUUCUAUAGUUUGUAAGCAAUGUGCACCCUUGUUUAUCUUGCAGUAUUUUUCGAUUUUGAAAUUGCAUGGGUCCAAUACGUACUACAACCUUUACAUAUAGAUAAGGUUCUUCAUAGUUGCGUACAUAUUUUUUUGUGGUUAUGACAGUUUUUUAUUUAAUGUUCAGACAAAAGAAUUCAUCAUUCGCUAAUGAAUAUAAGGCUUGUUGAUCAAGCUUUGUGCAUUUGUGAAAGUCACAGCAGAGAAUGUAUGUGCUGUACUUUUAUAAAGUGGAACCCAAAAUUUCAGAUUAAAUCCCAAUAAAACAUUUUCAAGUGAA